AUGUCUUUAUCUCGUCGUAGUACAUCACAUGUUCCUCACCGUGUUCAUCAUGGCACUCAGCCUCUAGCUUCAAAUCAUUCUCAUCCCAAUAAUUUUUGUAAUGUUGAUCCAAAUUUCUGUGAUCUUUCUUAUAAUAAUUUUGUUAACAACCAUCCUCUUCCCAUCAUGCCGCCAUGUUAUGAAUAUCCUCACACGGGAAAUUUUCCUAUUAUUCCUUCUGUACCUCCUCAUCAACGACCUAAUCAUAAUUAUUAUCCGAUCACUCCUUGUCAUUAUUUUGUUCCUCAAUUCCCUCAAACAUUAGUAUGUUCGAGUGUUCAAAGACCACUACCACCAGAAGACCUAGAGUUGUACCCUAAGAUUGUGAAGCAGAUAGAGUACUAUUUUAGUAAACAAAAUCUAGUGGGAGACAUAUUCUUGAGGAAGAAGAUGGAUAGACAAGGUUGGGUUGAUGUGUUCGUGAUCGCUGAAUUCAGAAGAAUGAAACAGUUGACUCAAAAUGUACAUCAUAUAUUGGAAGCACUUGCUACUUCUGAUCUUGUGCAAGUAAAAGGUUACAAGAUGAGAGUGCGAUACAACUGGAAGAAAUGGAUCCUUCCUCCAAAUUAUCUUAGUAAUGGCGUUGAAGAGCUGACCCAACAAGUCCAGAGGAUCUCCAUAGGAAAUACUACCAACAAUGACCAACAAGAUUAA